AUGAAUGAGGAAGAGACAUCACAUGUAAGUAUAUGGAUUAAUAUUGAAUUCGGGAAACCUGUAUUUUUCGAAUAUCCAAAGUAUUUGGAAGGAUUGGAAAGUGAUGAAUUAGAUGAUGAAGUUACCAUGUGGUAUAAAUUUGCAUCUAUGGAGAAAUCAAGUAAUUUGCAAAAUCGUUUAUACAAGGAUAUGGAAGAUAUAAAACAUGUAUUAUUUGUAUCAAUCGUUCAUUUGAUUCUUCGACAAGGAGUUAAGCUAUCAACUUUAUGGUACGUUCCUGAUUUAUGUAGUUCAAUGUUUAUCAGCAAAGAAUUUCUUAACGAGUUAUUUUCAAAGAACCCAAACUUGGAAACAUUUGCUUGGAUCUGUUGA